CACAAGAGCAGAGAAGAAGAAGAGGGCGCAGAAGAGACCGGUAUAAGGACCAGUACAGGGACCAGUACAGGAACCCACAAAAUCCAGGACCAGCUGGACCCAACUGGACCCAACUGGACAAAACUGGACCCAACUGGACCAAAUUGGACCCAACUGGACCAGACUGGACCAACUGGACUCUGAGUAGAAUCUAACUGGACUGAGCUGAGAGGUUAAGGGUAGGCUGAGCUGGUCCAUUCUGGUCCAUACUGGUCCUUAGUGGUCUGAGCUGGUCUUUGGAACAGGAAGUGGUCUGGAUGGACGGGUUUCAGGCGUAUGGGGCAGGGAAGGCGGGCGGAGCCUUCGACCCGCUGACCUUCAUCAGACAGCCUCAGACCGUGGUCAGGAUCCUCUGCUGGCUCUUCUCCAUGGUGAUCCUGGGCUGCGUUGCUAACGAGGGUUACGUUAACCGUCCCGACAGCAUGGAGGAGUUCUGCAUCUUCAACCGCAACCACAACGCCUGCAACUACGCUGUCGCCAUGGGGACGGUGUGUUUCCUCUGUAGCACCGGGUUCCUGGCGCUGGACGUUUACUUCCCGCAGAUCACCGGCGUGAAGGACAGGAAGAAGGCCGUCAUGGCCGACAUCGGGCUGUCAGCGCUCUGGACCCUGGUCUGGUUCGUGGGCUUCUGUUUUCUGGCCAAUCAGUGGCAGGUUUCUAAAGAAGAAGACAACCCUCUGAAUGAAGGAUCCGACGCUGCCCGAGCCGCCAUCGUCUUCUCCUUCUUCUCUGUCUUCACCUGGGCUCUCCAGUGUCUGCUGGCCGUCCACAGGUUUAGACUGGGAGUUGAUUCUGUCACACUCAAUCAGGACUACGUCGACCCUAACCAGCUGGACGAGGCCACACCCACCUAUGAGUAGAGGGGCGGGACUCCGAUGGAUUUGUGUAGUUUGAGAUGUCAUUGUGAUGUGUUCAUGGACUCAUCCUCGGACGCCUGCUUCAACACGUACAAUAACGUGACAGAAGAAAAAAUAGGCCUAGUCUGAUGAUGCUUCACCAGGGGGCGUGUUCUCUCUGGCAGCAGCCAAUCACAGUUCAAAGUAAUAGUACGCAAGACUGUAUAAAAAGAUGCCCGCCACGCCUCCAUUUCCUCCCUCUGUACAAAAUGAAGCCAGAGUCUCUGGGAUACAGGCACCGCCAUCUGGAGUCUGCACAGUAGUGGUCGGGGGUGGAGCUGUCCCGCCCACACACCCGAACGGCCCAAUCGUUCGGGUGCGUCGAAUGGCUUAGCUGUCAAUCAUGAAGUGGGCGGGGUUUAUGCCACCAGGGGGCGCUCCAGAUGUUUUGGCUUCACUUUCGGGGAGCCGUGGCGUCGUCUGUAGACAGAGUGCAGAGGACGCCGGGUACGGGUCUAUCUGUAUAUAAUAAAUGUGUUUGUGCAGGUGUAGUUACGUACACGAGGUAGGUGGAUAUGAUAUGAUAUAUAUACAGGAUGAACAGCAUGUGUAGAUCUUGAGUGAUGACAUUGAUGUUUAAAAAAGAAACUCCGUGUUAUUAUGCUGUCUUAGACUUAGUUACCUGAUGUCAUCCCUGGAUUCUGAUUGGCUGGAGUGUCCUCAUCAUCACAGCUGGAACAGAUGCAGCUCCUCCUGCUGGUCAGAGGACCAAACAAACCUUUCCAUCUCACAGCCAGUUCCAUGGUGCUGUACGGGUUUUUUACUCUUUGUGGUGUUUCAUGUGGUUUGUAAAGAUCUGCAGUCACUUUGGCUUGCACACUGUGUUAGUAUUUAUGUUCACCUCAGGAACAAACAUGUACAGAACACAAGGCUUUUAAUAAAUCUACAUGGACAACAAACUUUCAAAUUACACUUCAGAUCUUCAUUUUCAAUCAAUAAGAAGAGACGUGAUGAGAUUAAAGGCUGGGACCCACUUUCAUUAUGUCCAUCCUGCUGAAAUCACUAAGUUGAUUAACUGAUUCAUUGAUAAAUAGUUAACAGUAAUAACUGAUGAAUUGUUUAAGUCAUCAGUUAUGCAUGAAUAUGUGAAUAUUUGCUGGUUUUCCAGUUUUCUAUGUUUGCAAACUUUGUAAAGAAUCAAUCAAUUUCACAUCAGAGAUCUCUCUGAAUCAGGAGCCUCUCAGAAAACCUUUGGACACAACUGUGUCUUCACGUCAACGUGGACAAACACGAUACAAACCCCCAAUUCAAUUCAGUUUUGUUUAUAUAGCGCUAGGGCUGGCCCCGACUAAGGAUUUACAUAGUCGAAUCAGAAUCGUCAAGUCCUGCCUGUAGUUGAUUGAUAGUUGAAUUGUGUGUUUUUGUGUGCGGCGAUUGUGGCCGAAGCUGAACUGAGGCUUAUUGUUGACCAUUCUCUCUCUCGCCUGCCAUUCACCGGGCUUGUGCUGCUGACAGCUGCGUGCACGUCGCGGUUCCUCGCGAGUCUAUUUCAAGUAGCCGGCUAUUUAAAAACGAUAAAAUAUUCUUUGUGUGGUUCAUCAACGGUGAUAAAUUAUCCUGUGAGUCCUGUGAGGUGCGAACAAUUCGGCACAACACCAGUUGGGGCUCCAUCUCUCCUGCCACUGCACACCCCAUCAAAGCAUCGAAUCUUCGACUAUUGGGGAUCAGCCCUAUAUAGCGAGAGAAACCUCGAGCAGAACCAUGGCUC